AUGAUCGUUGCUCUGUCUCUAGAUUUGUCGGAUCCGCCCAUUAAUGGUCGACCAUUGUUGAGAGAAUUAUUUACUGCUAAAGACGACACUUCAUUACUGACAUCCACACACUUUUGUAACAGUGCGUCGUGUCUGGGUACCAUUUUGUCAAGCAUGUCUGUAGGCCUAGAUGCUAGGGCCGAAGGUGUCAGGAGCAAGUGCCGUGACAGCAUUCUUGUGAUCCUUAAGACGAGAAAGCAUGUCUGGUUCACCAAGUCUCGAUUAUUCACGUCUGUUUCCCACAAGCCCGAUGCGAGCUCUGUACCGUCUGCACCAUAUGCAAGGGUUCUGACAGAAGCUAAUUAUGGUGGGGAAAUCAUCUCGCAUGCAGUGCAAAUGACAAAUCUCUCAUGA